UCUUCAUGUGCGACAAUGGAUCGUAUCUUCAGCCGCGAAGCGUAACCUAAGGGUCGACGUCGCGGUAGCAGUGGUCGUCGGGGUGCCGGGGAACCGAAAGAAGAAGCCGCGGCCCGAACAGGCGGGCGACGCCGAGGAGUGCGGUGGUGCGAGUGGCGGAGUGUGAGGUGCAGUGCUGGUGCAUGUGCGGCGGCUAGUGGCUAGUUCCUUGUGAUCUGGUGAGCGUUCCUCAAUGGACAAACGGAAAAUGAUGCCAAAAAGGCCUAGGUUCGAAUCGCGCGGUCCCAUCUCCAACGGACCAAUGCAGGCGCGACCCCUGGUGGCGCUGCUGGACGGUCGCGAUUGCUCCAUCGAGAUGCCCAUCCUCAAGGACGUUGCCACCGUGGCCUUCUGUGACGCGCAGAGCACCAGCGAGAUACACGAGAAGGUGCUGAACGAGGCCGUGGGCGCGCUCAUGUGGCACACCAUCAUCCUUACCAAGGAGGACUUGGAGAAGUUCAAGACUCUCCGCAUCAUAGUGCGUAUCGGCAGUGGCGUCGACAAUAUCGACGUGAAGGCGGCCGGCGAGCUGGGGAUAGCGGUGUGCAAUGUGCCCGGGUACGGUGUGGAGGAGGUGGCCGAUACCACGUUGUGUCUCAUCCUCAACCUAUAUAGGCGGACCUUCUGGCUGGCCAACAUGGUCAGGGACGGGAAAAAAUUCACGGGACCUGAACAG